ACUAAGCACGCGUAUUUUUAUUUCUUUUUAUAGUAAUUUUUCUUGCUCACUAAUUCACUAUUAAUUUGUUACCUAUUAAAUUUAGUUUCUGUUUUCGAGUUUUCGACUAUCACACUUCAUACCAAUUGUUGGUACGGCAUCGAAAAGGCUAAAAUAAUACGAUAUUAUUUCACAGUAGAAAUGAAAAUUUACCGCUUUGAAAAUUUCUACAURUUCUAAGUACUUKUACUCUGUACUCUGUAUUUAACGGUCAGUCRUAUUUUGUAUGCAUUAAAUUACCGAUGGAGGAGUAUUCCRAAGAAAUAUUUUGCUGUUCUCAGUGGAUCAAAAAUGGGAAAUUCGAAAAAGUAUGCAUCCAAUUACCAGACUACAUGUUGUGCCAAAGUGUAUCGAUUUCUUCUGAAUUUGAAAGACUACUAGCUUUCCGUGUAUAUAUACUCGGUGAUACAUCCUAUGGCAGCUGUUGUGUGGAUGAAACAGCUGCCCAACAUGUAGCUGCUGAUUGUGUUGUUCAUUUUGGACGGUCCUGUCUGACACCAAAUAGCCACCUUCCUGUCUAUUACAUUCUUCCUAAACAGCCAUUAGAUCAUGUACAGUGUGCCAAUUCAUUAAUUAAAAACUUUGAAACUGAUGAGGGACUGGUUUUGGUAUUGUACGAUGUGGCUUAUCACCAUAUUCGAGACCAUUUGGCCAAAUCAUUAACAUCUGCGAAGUCAAUAAUAUUAUCUGACAUAGAUUUAAAGGAACAAAAUAGUACUAAAUCAACUGUAUCUGAUGGCCAUGAAUAUACAAGCAUAUUUGGAAGACGAUUUCUUAACUUAGAUUACAAAMAUAUUGUUUAUAUAAUUCAUGAUAACUAUAUGAACAAUGUAGAUAGAUUUAUUCUAGAGAAAAAAGAAUGUCAAGUAUAUAUCUAUCAAAACAGUUGUAAUACAUUGACACAACGAACCUUAACAUCAGUGAUAAAAAAAAAACACUAUACAAAAGAAAAGAUAAAAGAUUCUACUCAUAUUGGAAUACUCAUAUGCAGUUUAAGCAUUAAAGAUUUACUUGAGCGCAUUAAUAAAGUUAAAUAUUUGUGUAAAAAGACAAACAAAAAAUGUUACAUUUUUUCUGUUGGACGUCCUAAUGUUGCCAAAUUAGCUAAUUUUCCUGAAAUUGAAAUUUUUGUGAAUAUUACAUGUGCAGAGGGUGUCAUAAAUAAUCAAAAAGAAUACAUGCAACCAAUUGUUAAUAUUGAUGACAUUGAAUUAGCUUUGGAGACUGAAAACACUAGUGAUUUACCCGAUAUAUCUUUAGUAACCAACAAAUUAAGAAACUUAACAAAGCCUAAUGAGGAAAUUGAGUUAUCUUCAGAAUUGAAUGUCAGAACAGAUAUGUCAUUAUCAAUGGUCACUAAAAAUAGAACAUGGACCGGACUCAAUCCACAUGACACACGACCUCCUGUUAUAAAAGCUACUGAAGGAAGAAAAGGCACACCAAGCUCUGGAUAUAUCACAUCUGAUUCAGAUCACCGUAGCUAAAUAUAACAGUUUAUGAAUGUGUUUUUCAAAACAUAAACACAUUUCUAUUUUAGUUAUUGAACUU